UGUUAUUUAUUUAUAUUUUGUGAUUUACGACAUUCAUUUACCAUAUUUGAAAUUAAUUUUAUUCUCUCAAUCACAGGGUCCUAUCUCCUAUCCACCGCUUCGCUAAGUCUUUUUUUUUGGAAACCAAGGCAUUUAAUACUGGUAUUUCGAUUGGUGUUUUUACAUGUAGCAACGACAUCAUGAUCUCAUAAUAGAAAGUACAAUAUUUUAAAAGAAAAUAAUAACUGUUACGUCAACUCUUAAUAGCCGCUAAACACAAAAAAUAUCACCAACACACAAAAACCCAGUAAAUACGUACAACUCAAACCUAAUCUUAGUGGCAAGAAAACAUUCUGAUUCCAGCGUGAUGUCAUGCGCGAGGCGUGUCAUAUUUGAACCUACAAGUCAGCAUAGCAGUGUAAUUGUAUCGUGAUUCAACUAUCAGAUCCUGAAUUUAGAUGCUUAUCAAAAACUGCAUCAAAAGAAAAUAAUUAUCUUGAGAAAAUGACAAAUAACAACUCAAGCCAUGCUAAGGAAUAUUUACUAUAUCAGGCCAAACCUAAUAAUUCCCUUUGCUCACUAGAAUAAUAUCCUCAUCCCAACCACAAAAAAAACCCAACGAAACUCUUUCUCUCUCUCUCUCUUCUAUCCCAUGAAGCAGCUAUUUUACUGAUGACUGGCCUCAUUUAUUUUUCCCGCAUUUUUGGAAAAAUCUUAGGUUAUGUGUUGUCAAAUACAUAUAUCAAAAGUAUUGAGAGUAUGAUAUUAUCUGAAAAUAAUUAUACUAACCUAUUAAUAAAUUUGUUUAUGAAAUAGGUCACAACACUGACUAUAGAUAUGUAUAAUCAAAUAUUAGGAAACUUGAAUACUUACUGAUAAUGUAUGUGUGGAGAAGUACAAAGUGCAGCUUAAUAUUCUAACCUUUCAGGGCUAUUCAAUUUUUAAAAAUUGUGUUUUAAAAGUAGUUAUUAUUUUUUAAAGUAUUUUUUCAAUGUAUAACCCAAGAACAUUGACCAGGAGUGUGAUUUCGGGUAUUUUUAAGAAUAUAAAUAUGCGAACCAAACAUAUUUCUAAUGAAACUAAACCAAUGAAGAUGGAAAAGGCACUGAUUGUAUCUAAGUUAUCAAGAUAUGAAUAUGAAAAGACAAAACAUAAAAAUCUUUCGGAUAAAGAAUUAGAAACAUUGUUGAGAAAACGUGGAUCAAACUAUGAGAAACUUAUUUCAUUCCAUUACCUUCAUAAAGAAUUUGAAGAGCACUUGAAAAAUACCCUACUUGCAUUGGGUACUGAGGUGGAAGUAGUUAAUAGAUUCUCAUGUACUGAUGAAAAAGUAGAAGAGGCAGAUAUUAUAAUACCUAUUGGAGGUGAUGGAACAUUCUUAUUGGCAGCUAGCAGAGUGUUGAACAACAAAAAACCCGUGAUAGGCUUUAAUUCAGAUCCUACCCGUUCUGAAGGUUAUCUGUGUUUACCAAGAUGGUGUUCAUUAAAUGUUUGCAAAACUAUAGAAAAACUAAAACAGGGUGAUUUUCAAUGGUUAAUGCGUACUAGGAUAAGAAUAACCUUAGCAGUAGAUGAAAAGGAUCGUUUAAUGCCACAAAGUUUGCAUCAUGUAGAUGGACACUUUUUACCUCCAUUAAAAGGCAAAUGUGCUCCAAAUGUUUUACCAGUAUUAGCACUAAAUGAGGUAUUUAUGGGCGAAACUUUGUCAGCAAGAGUAUCUCAUCUUCAAAUGAGACUGAACAAUACAGAACAAGUUACAAAUGUCAAAUGUUCAGGUAUUUGUGUGUCAACUGGAACAGGCUCUACUUCUUGGCAUUUAAGUAUUAAUAGGGUUUCCAAUCAAAGUAUUGCUGAAAUUUUAAGGCUACUUUCCAUUCAUCCCGAUGAAGAUAGAGAUAAUUUAGCCAGAACAUUAGCAAACGUUUAUAAUAAAAAUCUCAUUUUCAAACCUGAUGAUAAGCGAAUGGGAUACACAAUCCGAGACUUGAUAUCAUCAGGAGUUUGGCCUCACCCUAAAGGAAUUAAGCCGCGGGGGUUCGUUUCUACAAUUGAAAUAAAAUCUCAUUGCUUUGAUGCAUAUUUAGUGCUAGAUGGAGGUAUAUCUUUUCCGUUCAAUGAUGGAGCGGUUGCAGUGCUGGAAACUUUACCAGAAGAUGCUCUUAGAACUGUUAUAUUUCCCAAAUGACAACUGGAGGUUUGAUAUGUACUGGAAACACAUUUGGAUUAUAUCAAAACGAUAUUUAUAAGAUGAAGAUGGUUAAUACACUCAGUAUUACUAGCAUAUAUUAUAGAUAUCUAGUAUUGCGGCGGGGGAAGUAUACCAACCCAGAUAAAUAUUAGUCAAUCCUUUCUUGGUUGUAAUCGAUCUACUGCAACCCGAUGAAUAUUACUGAGACUAAUAAAGAAACUCACAAUUGGGUCCUUGAAUAAAAAAUUUUAAAAAAUCAGAAACAUCAGUUUCCAUUGUUUCUGAAAAUCGAUAUCAUUUUUAUUAACUCGAAUGAUGACUUUUUUACAAACUAAUUGUCAUAGUCGAAUUGAACUUCGAUCUAGAUGAAUUUUUACACUACUUCUUCCAAAAUUUGUCAGAUUUUUAGUAACAAAAAAACCAGUUGGAAUAUGGUUAGGUCAUUAUUCUUUUAGUAUUAUUAAGUUUUUUUAUUAUUAUUUCAAAGUCAAUAAAUUUGUAACCUUG